CUCAGCGCGAGCAGGACUUGAGAGAGCGGAAAGCGGGUGUUUCUCCUCUCUGUCCCGGUUUGUUACUUUCUGGGGAGUGCUCCUUCAGACUGAUUUCCCGCCUCGUACACAUAGACAGCAAACAGCAAGAUGGAGAUCGAGAAGGAAAUGAAGAAGGUGACUCUGGGCCACGAGUUUGGUGCCGGAGCGGCGUGCUUAAAAUGCAAAGACAAAUGCGAGGGAUUCGAGCUGCACUUCUGGAGGAAAAUUUGUAGGAACUGUAAGUGCGGCCUCGCAGAACAUGAUGUGUCGAUGAACUCGGAGGAGAACAAGAAGGUUGGCAAGCUGUUUGAAGACACUAAGUACACAGGGCUCAUAGCCAAACUGAAGACAGAUGGCAUCCCCAGGUACCAGGGAAACAUGGUGACCAUCACUCUGCCCAGCCCCACCACUGCUUGCACAGUGCCCCCUGUGGCUUCCUCUACGAUGGUACCUCCUUCCCACACAGCGGUGUACGCACAGCCUGCUGUUACCUCUCCUGGGCCGGUGCCCAUUGGCUCUCCAGCACAAGCCCAGGGGAAGCCUCUUCUGUCUACACACGUCAUCAUCACUCCAGUCAAGGCUAACAAGGUGCCGGUCACUGCCAACGCUACAGCAGCCAAUGUGCUUCCAGUCCCCAAAGAUGUUUCAAUGAAAUCCAUCACCUAUGAGUGGGCACCACCAGUGGCCAACAAGCAUCUGGCGGUGCAUUACAUUGAACUGCUUCCACCUGAGAAGCGUCCAGUUGCCGGGACGCAGGGGGCCGCUUACCGCCGACAGCAGAUGGAUCGCCAGCUGCCUGACCACGACCAGGACCCGUCCAAGUGCCAUGAGCUGAGCCCUGAGGAGGUGAAGCAGAUGCAGCAGUAUGUCCGUAAAUGCAAGGACGAGGCCUUGGGCGUUGGAGAUGUCCUGCUGCCUGAGGAGGUGGCUCAGAUUCAGGCAGGUGGAGCGGGUGCAGCAGCUGCUGGUUCUGGAGGUACACCUGGGAGGGCUGGUUUUGGUUCUGCAGCAGCUGGUGUUGGAGGGGCUGGAAAUGUACCAGGUUUUGGAGCUGGUGGUGCCAAUUCUGGGCCAGUUCUUGCAGGUUCUGGUGUUGGUGGUUUUGGACCUGCAGGAUCUGGAUCCACUCCAGGGUCUGGGACUGAUCAGUCUGCUGGUCUGGGACCAGCCAGAGGGUCCCUGGGUACCGCUGCCACUGCUGGAGCCAUCAAUGCUGGACUGCCACAGAAGAACUUUUCAUGCCAUCACUGUAAGAAGCCAAUGCUGCUGGGUGAGCCAGCCGUAUAUGCGGAGCGUGCCGGCUACGACAAACUGUGGCACCCGGCGUGCUUUGUGUGCUGCACCUGCAGUGAACUGCUGGUAGACAUGAUUUACUUCUGGAAGAAAGGCAAGAUGUACUGCGGACGUCACUAUGGAGACAGCGAGAAGCCCCGAUGUGGUGGCUGUGAUGAGCUGAUCUUCAGUAAUGAAUACACUCAGGCAGAGGGACAGAACUGGCAUCUGAAGCAUUUCUGCUGUUUUGACUGUGACUGCAUCCUGGCUGGAGAGACAUAUGUGAUGGAGAACGACAAGCCCAUCUGCAAACCCUGUUACAUGAAAAACUUUGCUGUGAAAUGUGCUUCAUGCCAGAAGGCAGUGGAGCCUGAGGCUCAGAGAGUUUCCUAUGGCGAGCACCACUGGCACGCCAAGCCGGACUGCUUCAAGUGCUCUGGUUGCACCAAGUGCCUGAUUGGCCAGCGCUUCAUGGCAGUGAAGAACUGCCUGUUCUGCUCUGUGGAGUGCAAGAAGAAAGUCAUGGCAUAGACCGUCCUAUCUGUCUUCCAGAGCAGAGAGAACAACAGUUGGGUUAACAUGUUGGUGUGCCUGUUCCCUUUAACAUAGAAAGCUACUGCAGGAGUGUCUUCAAGUCAGGGUAAGGGGUUGAGGUUGACUUGCACUGAUUUUGUUUACAGUUUUUACUUUUAACUAAAGUCGUGCCCAUAUUUUAACAUAUACUACCCCCAGGUAUUCAUUUCGUACUUCUUUAAGACUUUACAUUGUCUUUCCAACCCUGAGCUGGAAAGUAGUAAAAAUGUAGACAAUAGCAUCAUGUUCUGGCUCUAAGCAUUGCUGAAUUGCCACAUCUCUGAUUUAGAGUGCACAUGUAACAUGUGUUUUUCAUGUCACUCAUUGUACAUGAUAAUGUGGUUUAGAAAAACACUGCAGAAUUGAUUUAACACCUGUCUGCUGUCUCAUCCCGCACUCCACCCUUCACUGUAUAGCACUCCACAUUGUGCAAAUGUUUCACUGCUUGUUUUAUUCUCAGAAUAAAAAUAACAUAAAAUCCUAUAGCUACAACUGACAGCAAACAUCUCACCCUGACAGUUUGAGGACAGAUAUUUUCUUUAUCACAUAAUGAGAGUCUAACAGAAAACAACAUUCUAAGAAAAUCACAGAAACGUUAAGGAUUUUUUUAAAACUCCUUUUGACUUGGACAUUUUUAUGGCUCCUUGUUGUACUACUCUAGUAGUGUCAAAAUUCCAGUGAACCUUCAGAUACUAAAGCAGGCCCUUUGCUAAUCUUUAUUGAAUGAUGUUUUAUUCAAAAUAGAACCAGCAAGGAUUUUCCAUUAUAACUUUUAACAUUAGAGGACUCAUUAUUGUAAGAUAUACAGCAAACCUAGACUUAUAACAGGCAAUCAGCACAUUUCAGACAAUAUGUUUUCUGUCAACAUGUGCUCAGUUGAAUAAUGGCCUUCAUAGCCAAAGUUUGAUUGAUUUUUAGUCAUUCUUGACCGCUAACAUGCCCCUCACAUAACAAUAUAUCUCCUGCCUUUUCAGUGUAUACACAAGUCUAUGUAACUGAUACGUUAUCAUUUGGUUUACAAGAGAAUUUGCCUCUAUAGCCAUGCUUCUUCAUUUAUAACAACCAUGUGACCCCUGAGUGAAGUUGUCAAAUGUUUGUGCAGCAAAAACUUUCAUUUGUGCUGCUAGAAUUUUAAGGAUAUUGUUUCCAGAGGUCAUGAAACAAGGCGGUCCACAUUUACAAAACCAAACAAAACAUGUCAAUCAACUGCUACUUUUGUGGAGCAAACAUUUUUAUUUAUGCUGUAAUUUUUUAGAUACAAAAAAAAGUUUCCAGUUUCCUCACCUAACAACACUAACAUAUCAAACAAAACUGAUAUAAAUUGUGCUGUGUUUGUGCAGCUGAAAUAUUAGUAGCAUGGUUGGUAACAAAUUUGCUUGAUUUUUGCAAAUUUUGACUGACAGUUAACGUUUGACCUUUGGAAAUAUUUAUCUUUGAAAUGGUAGCGGUACAAAUGACAAUUUUGACUGAACAAACAUUUCACACCAGUUUGGUCUAAUUUGAAGAGGAUGGAUGGUGGAACUUCACUCAGGACCAUCUGGCCACUUGAGGGCUCUCUUUAUAGAGCAUUAAACGUUCAUUGGAAAUUUUAUACACAUGGUCUCAAUACGCAUGUAAUGUACAAAUUAUUGGUCUGCCAUAGGAGACAUAGUAUCUAGCUGCAAUGGAAGUUGAUGUCUGAAAUGAGCGUUUCUUCAUGUUUAAACCCACGUAAAACACAUUUUCUGACGCACCAACAUGAACUGAGUUUGACAGCAGCCUUACUUUGACAACUGGGAGAGCGUUGACAUUUCCUUGCUGGAAACGGUAGCAGUAACCAUGAUAGUGAGGUGGAAAAAAUGUUACAAUGUGGAAGCUGCGUACAAUUCAAGGAAACUCCAUCUCUCAGGAGGCCAUUUUCUGAAACAGCAGCCACCUAAAAGGUGCUCUGCUUUUUCCCCUCUUUCAACCACAGCUCUGUCCGUUGAUGAGAGCAAGUCGCCUCACCAGCUCUGAGUUCAGUCUGUCGUCAUUCCUCGUUGUCAUUGUGCCUCCAUGUUGCUGGACUGUUUUCACCAUCACUUUUGAUCUAAUAGAAGAGCUGCCUUUGAUCUUGGCAAACUUAGCAGGAUUAGAACACGGGAAAAGGCUUUUGUGACUCUGAGAUUUGCAUGUGAUUUGCUUUAUGCUUGAAUGUCGAUGAGCUGCAGUUUAAUCUCUAACUGGAAUUUGUAUCUUGCUAAGCAAAUUUGUUCAACCACCUUUAUGAUCUAAAUUGGAGAUGGGUGCUGUAUUGUUUCUGGAGGUUGCAUAAGAUGGAACAGUUUUAACCUAGAUUUAACCUUGAAAAAUAAGAUGAUCCUCCAGGUUUUCUUAAACCUCUCACGGGGGUGGUCCCAUCAGACUGUCAGUUUCCAAAACCACACAAAAAUGGAAACCUUGUAAAAGGGUAAAAAGCCUCUGCAGGGUCCCACUGACCCCAUUUCUUUUUGUAGAAUUACAAGAAUGCAGACCCUAGCCAGAGUGGAAACAGUGAGCCAGAUUCUUAUGAAGAGAGAUUAGCUAAUCUGGUACAGAUUUCGUAAGUUUUGUCUUUUUAAAUUUAAUUUUCUUGUGGAACAUCAGCAAUGAACAAAGUCUUUCCUGAUUUUAGACAUGGAGCCCAGCACAGCGGCCAUGAGAAUUGAGAAAACCAAUCCCAAGGUUUGUCUGGGUUGAUGUUGACUUGGGCACCAGAUAACUAAAACUUGAGAGCAUCUGCUGCUGUUACACUGAACAUUAGUACAGCUAUCUGCUGCAAGGCUUUUGCAUCACAGAGUUUUACAUCACUAGGUAAAAUAUUAGUGAAGUAGAUUAGUUAUUUUUUUACACCCGAACCAUAUUGAGAAAAUAUGAACAUUUUAAGAACAGUUAUUUGAGUAAUUUAUGCAUUAUGAACAUCAUGGUAAUCUUUUCUUGUUUGGAAGAAAGAACAUUUCGAAAGGUAGAGAAUUUGAAUCCAGGACCUUCUUGCUGCAAAACAACAGCAUCAGUAAGUUAAUUACUAAGCAACCAAAGCAGGACAUGGUGAGCAAAAAUUUUAGAAAGAACUCCAAAUAUUUGGAGUUUUGCCAGUGAUAUCAAUUUAAUUAACUUUUCUAGUAAAUAGUGGUGAAUUUUCAAGCUUGAAUUAAGAUUUUCUACAGUUCAGGACUUAGUAAAUAUUACAAAAAAAGGGAAAGGCAUGUGUGUAACAACAUUCUUGGAGUGGCAAAUGACUCAAACUUCAGUUUCAGAUGAAUGUGUUAAGUAUGAAGACUUUCAUAGAAACUAAACUUAAACAACUGUUUAAACAUUGAAAGUAAAUAUUCUUAAUGUUUACAUUUCUUUAAAACAUAGAAAAUAAAGAUUAAUGUUUACAUUUGUUUAAACAUUUAAAAUGUUUGCAAACUUUACUGAUAUUCUGCUAACGUCGAGAAGACGCACUUUCCCAAUUGCUGUAUUCCCAUUAAAUAAGAAAUGCAAUUAAAAUAUCAGUUUCCUGUCA